AUGAGUUGCUUCAAACUCCCAAAUUCCUUAUGUGAUGAGCUUGCUAGUAUGGUUCACAAAUUUUGGUGGGGGCAAAAUAAUGGGGUGGACAAGAUGGCUUGGCUUAGUUGGGAGAAGAUAUGCACUCCUAAGGAGACUGGCAGCAUGGGAUUUAGGGACCUCAAGGCCUUUAACUUGGCAUUACUAGCCAAGCAGGGGUGGCACCUUCAAACCUGUACUAAUUCCCUAUUCUAUCAUGUCUUCCAAGCUAAAUAUUUCCCAAAUGGAGACUUUCUCUCAGCUACUUUGGGCACAAAACCAUCAUAUGCUUGGAGAAGUAUAUUUGUUGCACAACAGAUAGUCCGAAAAGGGAGCCGUUGGAGGAUAGGAAAUGGGGCCAAAGUUCGAAUAUGGGGUGACUGCUGGCUCCCUUUGUCUUCCACAUACAGAGUUGUAACACCAUGCCCGAAUGUUGGUGCUGAAUUACCAGUGGCUACAUUAAUUGACUACCAGAAAGGAAAAUGGGACUUGGAAGCCCUCCAACGAACCCUCAUGGCCAAAGAUGCUGAAUCGGCUCUCUCCAUUGCACUAAGCCCGACUCUGCCUGAAGAUCGUCUCAUCUGGGCUAUGAUUUCUUCAAGGAAAUUCACGGUGAAAUCGACGUAUAGGUUGGCACUGGAUGAGAGAGCUGGCCACGGUGCUAAGGAGAGCUCAAACUCAACGUGCAUGAAGGAGUUUUGGAAGUUUAUUUGGUGA